GAUUUAUCAGAGCUGCAGUCUUCCGAAGCAGCAGAGCAACGGGGAUGUGGAGAACACAAUACUGACAGUCAUGUUGGACCUCAGGCUCCUCAUAAAUUAUAACAUGUGAUGCGAAACAGGAUCUGUUCUAAUCUCUCAAUAAGAAGAUGGAUGAAGGAGCAAAGCCACUAAACUCCAGCAAAUCUGAGGAAAUUAUCAUUCAUUGCAACAGUAAUAAACCAGAGGAAGGCAUAAAAGAGAAAGGUUUUCGAGCCCUGACCACCUCUUAUGUGUCCAGGAAGACAGUACAUGGUGCAGUUAUUGUGCUUCUCUGUGUUACUUUAAUUACCAUGGCAACUGCUUGGACAGUUAUGCAACGAGAAGAACUUCCAGGAUGUAAGGCAGGCAGCACUGGCUCCCUCUGUCCUCGUGGCUGGGUUGGAUACCUAAACAAAUGCUACUACUUCUCUGAUGAGGAAGCAGAUUGGUUUGCCAGCCAGCACAAUUGUUCUUCGUUCAAUGCCUCCCUGUCAGAGAUAGAAACCAAGCUGGAACUGAAAUUCCUCCUGCGUUAUAAGGGUUCGAUUUAUCACUGGAUUGGCCUUAGCAAGGAUGCAAGCAAGCCUUGGACAUGGGCUAAUGGGAAAGCAUUCAACGACAGGUUUCCCAUUGAUGAAGGAGGAGACUGUGCCUACCUGAGUGACAACGCCAUCAUGUCCUCAUGGUGCAAGACCAAGAAGAACUGGAUUUGCAGCAAAACAGACCUUUAUGUGCAGGGGGAUGAACAUGAUUCCAAUGUCAUGCAACUGUAACGCACAGCUCGUGUCUGCUGCAAUUUCGACAGCAUAUAAAUGCUACCUCCAUCUUUAUUCACAGCUUACUUCCCUGAUAAUACAGGGAUUGGUGAUGGUCCAUUUCAGUUUCACAUGCAUUCAGUCAUGUGUCUGUUCCAUCCAAGUUCUAGAUCAGUUUGGGAUUUGUUAAAAAAAACUGCUUGAAAAUCUGCA